CAUGUCCUGGGCUGGCUAUACGAAGGCAGGCAGCUUGGCUCCGACUAGUGGCCUGUUGUCUGUUCGCGUUGUACGCCGGGUGGAGUUUGAUUUCAGUCUGCUGGACAGAGACAAAUGAUACACCGGUGUCACGCCAGAAGGCCAACUUCCCACUGAGGAGCAGAGCGGCUCUUCACCACAGGCAGCUACCUGCUGAGUCCACCUGUUUUUUGUUUACAUCUCCCUAAUGUGACACGUGCUUUAACCACAGGGACAUCGGGAUAUUACAUACAGUUAAAAAGACUGAUGGACCUGUUUCUACUUUAAUAUUGCCCAUGAUGGCAGCGUUAAGAUGAUCCUCCACUCUGUGCAGUGAGAGGAAGAUCCAUCCCCAAGUUGUCUUUAUGGAGACCUUGUGCUGAUGCCAGAUAAGGGCCAGUUUAGGCCAAGGCGUGGAGCCCAAGAGUUCUACUCUACCCAUCUGACUUGACUUGGGACGAUCCAGAAGACCUCACUGUUCAGCUGUCUUCAAAAUGGAGCUGUUCUUUAACCCCUUCGACAGCUUGGUGUGUAUCCUACUGGGUAUCUCCUUCACUGUGUGGUUCACACUGCUGCUUGUGUUCAUCAUCGUGCCAGCCAUCUUUGGGGUAUCAUUUGGCAUCAGACGCCUCUACAUGAAAUCGUUGUUAAAGGUCUUUGAGUGGGCCACACUGAGGAUGGAGAGAGGAGCCAAAGAAAAUAAUCAUCCCUUGUAUAAACCCUACUCAAAUGCUAUCAUUGCAAAACAUCCCACUUCCUUGGAAGAAGAGAUUAAGGAGAUUCGGCGCAGUGGCAGCAACAGAGACCUGGACUCUGCGCCCGAGUUUGAAAUGUCGGACAUCUUCUAUUUUGCCCGAAGAGGAGUAGAAAGCAUCAUGGACGACGAGGUGACCAAGCGCUUCUCGGCAGAGGAGUUGGAGUCUUGGAAUCUGCUGACACGUAGCAACUACAACUUCCACUACAUCAGCCUGAGGCUGACUGUGCUGUGGGGACUGGGCCUGCUGAUCCGCUACGGCAUCCUUUUACCUCUCAGGGUAACCCUUGCCUUCACUGGCGUUGGCCUCCUGGUAUUCCUCACUUCUUUUAUCGGCUUACUGCCCAAUGGAAGGAUGAAAAGCAUCCUGAGUGAAAAGGUCCACCUUAUGUGCAACAGAAUAUGUGUCAGAGCGCUGACGGCUAUCAUAACAUACCACGACAGUGAGAAUAAACCCAAAAAUGGAGGAAUAUGUGUCGCCAACCACACGUCACCCAUUGAUGUCAUAAUUCUGGCCAGUGAUGGCUGCUAUGCAAUGGUGGGCCAAAUCCAUGGGGGCUUGAUGGGAAUCAUUCAGAGAUCCAUGGUGAAGGCCUGCCCUCACAUUUGGUUUGAGCGCUCAGAGGUCAAAGACAGACAUCUAGUGGCCAACAGGCUGAGUGACCAUGCACAAGAUAAAUCCAAACUUCCCAUUCUUAUAUUUCCUGAAGGUACGUGCAUUAACAACACAUCAGUUAUGAUGUUUAAAAAAGGCAGUUUUGAAAUUGGCGGCACAGUGUACCCGGUCGCUAUCAAGUAUGAUCCCAGAUUUGGAGAUGCCUUUUGGAAUAGCAGCAAAUUUGGAAUGGUCAAUUACCUGUUACGUAUGAUGAGCAGCUGGGCUAUUGUCUGCAGUGUAUGGUACCUUCCUCCUAUGUCUAGAGAGGAAGGGGAGGAUGCUGUACAGUUUGCCAAUCGGGUCAAAGCAGCCAUUGCCAGACAAGGAGGAUUAGUGGACCUUUUAUGGGAUGGGGGGCUGAAAAGAGGUAAGGUAAAAGAUACCUUCAAAGAAGAGCAGCAGAAGCUCUACAGUAAAAUGCUGGUGGGCACCCAAGAGGAUCGCAGUCGCUCCUGAAAGACUAGCGAGGAGGUGGAUCGGCUCAAAGCCCUCACAGGGAAGCUCUGACUGCAAAUGAAGUCAGCUGUGCAACCUCUCCAGUUGGGGUUCCUCGACUUUUCUCUGCCUCACACCGACGUAUGCUGUUUGCAGCGUUGUAUCAGGUUCAUUGGAGUUACAUGAAACAAGACUUGCCUGGAUUAGAAUGGAAAAGUAGAAGCGCUCUGAGAUAGAGCCAUGUCUUCCUUGUGGUUGAGGGAAAACUUGUAAUAUAUGUGUCAUUAAGUUUCAGAUUUUUAAGAUUAUUUUACCAUGUUUGUAUCUCAGUCAUAUUUUAAGUUAACCCUGAUUCUACCUGGGUAUAUAACAGAGUUAUAGAUGAUGUUUUGAGAGUUUGCAUGACUGGCUUGUGUUUGACAUAAUGCCAGACUUUGUUACAUUUUAAACUAUUUUUAUGAGAUUUUUUUCCAAGAGAAAGAAUCCUGUAUUCUCAGCUUUGUCUUACAUGAAGAACCUGUUAUUACAACAGCAGUAGUUGGCUCUUGUUGCUGGUUCUUUUUCCAUGGAAUGUGUUGAAUGCUCACAUUGUAAAGUGGAAAUAUUGCACCUGUUCCAUCUAAAGUCAGUGAAAGAGAGUCAAGUGAAAGAACAUACUUGGGAUGUUUGCAUCUCAAUCAUCAAUGCCCAUGGCGAGCAGGUAAUCGAGCAGGUUGAAGCAAUUACAACGGGUCUCUAAACAACCCACUUGGAAUGGGAAGCAGCUAUUAGUUACACCCUGUAACAGACUCCUUGAGCCACCUAUUGGUUUAAUUUAUUUUAACUCAACUCUGGAGGGCUUUCUUAUUUUCUUUGCUUUGGUGAUACUUGGCCUAUUGGACGGACUUCAAAAAGAGAAAGUUGCUUUAGUCUGGUCUCCUUCAGGCUGGAGUCAAACAACAUGAACUCCGCAUUUAGAUUACACCAAAUAUGUUUAUGAAAAAUAAACCGUCAUGGAUG